AUGUAUAUUGUCCUGAUCGAAUGGGCACUGUAAAUUUCGCCAUCAAUUUAUUUUAUCUAGAAAUAAUAUAUACUUCGGUGACAGCUCAAAGUUGUAGAUAUUGUGGCGGUGAUGGAUCGUGCAAUGAAAGGUCGCAGUGCAACUAUGGAUGCGUUCCUGGAUUCUUUUCUUUAACUUGUACACAGACAUGUGGUCAAUGCGCCGGAAAUGGGAGCUGUAAUAUAGUUUCCGGGUUCUGCGAUGAGAACAAGUGUAAGGCAACUUUUUUCGGACCUCCGUGCACACAGCCAUGCCCUAUCUUUUGUGGUGGUGAUGGAAGUUGUGAUUUCACCACAGCAAACUGUAAUGAAGGAUGCAAAUUAGGGUAUAUGGGAGCAAGAUGUGAAAUUUCAUGUCCAUAUAUUAAUUGUAAGAAUCCAUGCAAUGUCUUAAACGGUGGAUCUUGUACUUCCGGUUGUCUUGACGGGUUUUAUGGAGAAGUCUGUGACAAACGCUGUGAAUGCCCAGACACCAGAGUUUGUGAACAGAAAACUGGAAUUUGUAUUGUACCUAUAUUUUUGACAACACCUUGUGGGACAGACAGUGCAUAUUCAUGUAUUGAUAGCACAAGUAGCACACAAUUCUUAAAAUCUUCCACAACAAGGAACGGAGGUGACAUUGAAAAAAUGAAUGUUGGACUGGUUGCAGGGUUAACAAUGUCUCUAGUACUGGUUCUUAUCCUGUCCUCCUUGUCUGUAUUUCUCCUGUACAAAUACAACAAAAGAAAACAGAAAAAACCUCAUGUGUACGAGGGUCCAGUUAUUCAGCAAGCUAAAGAAAUAGUUUAUGACAGUCUAGAAGCAAUAGCAGAGAAUGAUUACGUUGAAAUACGUUCUGACUCCUACAUACGGGAAAUGGACGAUGGAUACACGACAGUCAAUCUGUAAUACCUGCUGUCCAGCGAUGGCUUCAGUAUGGUCAUUUUGCUUUGAUAAGUCAAGUUUUUGUCAGUCGGUCACAUCUGAGAGGAUAUUGCUAGAGGAAUUUAAUAUGAAUGUUGACUCCAUCAAUGUCGACUAUGAAGAAAAUAUAUUCUUUAUCUAGUAAGAUACCUUCCCAAUAAGUAUCAUCUCUUGUGACGUACUAAAAAUACAGAAUAAUACUUCUUUUGUUUGUUUUAAUUAAUUCCAAUUUGUGACUAGCCUUUUUUGAACAUUUUUUAUUCUUUAUCGAGAGGAUUUUGUGAUGAAAAGUGUUUGAA